AUGCAGGGAAAAGGUUAUGCAGCCAGUGCCUAUCCCAGGGAACAGCAGAGGUACAAAGGCAGAACGAGUUUCCUGUGGUUUAGCACCAGGGGAGGGCUUGCUUUGGCACACAGCUCCUGGUAGUGGCCCCUUCAUUUUAUCUCGAGAUAGGAGCCUUUUCUCCACCCAUGGCAAGGCACUGCAGUGCUGCUGCACUCUGGGCUGUUCUUUCCUCUUAGCUGAGCAGUGCAAGAGCUUCUUUCUUGUCCCACUAUAAUUUAAAAGUGAGAGAAUUUGGGCUUCCCUGACUCAAAGGUUUAUUAUUAACAAACCCCUCUGUUGCUCGCACCCCACAGGAUGGUUUCAAGUAAACAGUCACACCACUAGUUGGAGAAAGGCACACAUGUGAUAAAGGAGACUGAAACAGCUCACUGACAUGUUGAUAACACAGCUGAUAAGGAAAACAAAAAACUGACUUCAGAAAAUACAACAGUUGAGCUUCAGUCCAAGCCAGAAGCAGCACCUGGCCUCUCUUCUCUCCCAGCAUCAAGAAGAUGUGUGCAACAAUGCUGAAGAUCUUUCCAAUUCUAGCCAUCCUUGCAGGCCACAGCAGCGGGGUCGUGGUGACCGUCCCAGAGAAGACAGUGAAUGUCACAGCAGGAGGAAACGCCACCCUGCUCUGCACCUACACCAGCUCUGCACCACUGGGGCAGUUCUUUAUUCAGUGGAGUUUCUACAGUGCCAAAGAGAGCCAGCUGCACACCCACUCCCCGUGUCACGGUAUUCUGAGUAUGGAUGAAAAGUCAGUCAGGCUUUGUCAAAAGACGGUCUAUGUGACAGAUGCACGGGGAAGAUGUAGCUGGAGAUACAAGAUCUAUUAUUAUUCAGGAGGCCAGUCUUACUCCUAUGGAGCAUUUAAGAACAGGAUAACAGCUUCAACAAGUCCAGGGAAUGCAUCAAUAACAAUCUCCAACAUGCAGCCCUCAGACACUGGCUCCUACACCUGUGAAGUUUUCAGCCCUCAGGGUGACGCUGGACAGAGUCAGAAAUCUGUGAUUGUCAGCGUGCUGGUCAAACCAUCAAAACCUUUCUGCAAAGUAGAAGGAACACCUGAGAAAGGCCAUCUAAUCUACCUCCUGUGCAACUGUGAAGAGGGGUUGCCUCGGCCCACCUACCGCUGGUACAAGGUGGAUGAGAACACCCUCAAGCCUGUGACAGAGCAGUUCAAUCCAACCUCUGGCAUCCUCUACAUCGGCAACCUCACCUCCUUUGAGACUGGCUACUACCGGUGCCUGGCCAGCAACCUCCUGGGGAACAGCACCUGCGAGCUGGACCUCACAGCCAAACAUUCAGAUGGUGGUAUUGUUGCUGGAGCACUGAUUGGAGCAAUUCUGGCAGCUGCUAUCAUUUGCAUUAUUGUCUGGGUAUUAACCAAGAAGGCAAAACAUAGGAAGUCAACAAUUAAUGAGAUGCAAGAAAUGGCUCAGAAACAAUCCAAUGCAGACUAUGUUCAGGUACCCAAUGAAGAAAACGUUCCUGUGACCACAGUUCCAUCGAGCAAUGCAACAAAUGAAUAUCCAAGUGCUGAUGAAACAGCAGCUCCUGCAACACCUGAAAAUCAAGAGAAGCAAGAAGCAGAAAAAGAAGAAACGGCCUAGAGUUUGUAAUAGAGUUUUCUUUGUCACCUUGUCACCCUUUAUACAAAAAUUGUUAUCAUUGAAUUUACAUAAAACUUGUAUCAAGGCAUUUGUAUUGUGAGCCACUGGGGUGGAUCAAAAAGGGUCUGUUAGAUAAAGACACACUUUGUGAAUAGCAGAUUUGGCCUUUAAAGUCAAACAAAUUUCUUUUAUUAUCUAGCUACAGUAAACACGGCCAGUACACUGCAGUGUUUCCAGGGACUCAUUCUGCACAGCAGAAGUAAAAAGAAGUUACAUUAAUGUCAUCAGAAUGCUGAAACAGAUGUCAAGACCCAAGUCAAGGAAAUCUUGUGUGUCUGAAUUCCACUAAAGCUAAAAGUAAAAAAUAAAUCCUGGUAGUAGUAAGCAAGGAGCUUAUGCUGGUGAAGUUGUCAGUAGCUUCCAUAGAUAGAACAGAUUCCCUAGAACACCACAGGUUUUAUACCUGUUCAAAAAGUAGAAAUUGCCCAAGUUAUGUUAAAGUUUUUAGAUAAAAGAAAGGAACAAUUGACCACGUUCUUGACUUAUGAUUCCUCUCAUACUUCUAACCACCAGUGAGUAAUAGAUGGUAGUAAAAAGGCAAAAUAAGAAGCAGAACAGGGUGCUGGGAGUAAGGAGGUAAGGAAAAUAGCAUGUACUUGGAGUUUCUUACCAUAGUGUGAUGUUUUCUGUCAGCCUUCUGGCAGAUGUUUGUUCUCACUACGGAAUUUAAAGUUUAUUAAAAAGGAUGGGACACCAUUCCUAGCUUCCCACUCUUACUCUUCAUACUCUUGGCAAAGCAAAAUUCAAAUUAGGAACUGAUCCACGGUGUGUAGCUCUAAAACCCUGCAGAGCCAUGCAGGAUGCAGAAACGUUUUUCAGAAUUUGCUUUAGAUAUUCCAACAGUCUUUGCUGCGUGGCCCAUUUAUCUUCCCACAGGAGCAGGGAUCAUUAAUACUGACACCAAAUAUUAAGCCAACACUCAAGCCACCAUCUCCUAAGGAAGCAGAUUGAUAAAGCUACAGAGCAGGGAGUUUUUGCUGCACAAAGAUCAAGAAUGAACACAGAACUCUCAGCUUCAGCUGCUCCCCAGUCAAAUGUUCAGCAGUGCCUGUGCAAUAUAUAAGAAACAUUUACUCAGUCAGGUUCCCCCUUCAAUGAAGGUCUACAUGGCCAGAGUUAUCCCUCCUGUUCUUAAUUAAGGAGUCCCCUCAGUGACAUUUAACCUGCAUUUUGUGUUCUAAGAUCCAUUUAAAGUCCUUGGUGAAGGUAUUUGUUUGGUUGUAAGUUUCUGUCUUGCUUAUCAAAAUAAAUUGCAUUACCUUAAUCCCUACAAGUCACAAGUAGAAACUGCCAGCUUGCAUUUCCUCCUUUCCUUGAGGCUGAAAUCAAACAUGUUGCAUUUCCAUAAUGUGUAACGGAUGGCAGGGUUUCAUCUUGCUGUUCACAUCCCAGACACACAAGCUAUUUACAAAAUACCAGUUUUAUUACAUGUAAGUUUAAUAAAGUUUUAUAAUACCAAA